UACUCCCAAAAUAAAUGUUUUUUUUCUAGUAUAAAUUGUAAUAAUCUUACAUAGCUACACAUUUGCCAAUUGGAGAAAAUCGUGUUUCUAUAAAAUGGUACAGUCUGCGCACGGCUUCAAGUUUACCCAGUCAGUUGGUCUUCUACAGUGAGUAGAGUAACAACCUACCGGGAGCGCGCGGUGAUGUUAAGAAAGCGAUCAAGACCUCGUUUUCUUUCUUCUGCUGAGACUACAGAGAGUGUUCAUUUGUAAGUAGGGCUGUCAGAGACACGCUUAUUCAGUGACCACCGCUAUUGCCAACAGGACUGACUGGGAUUCUCUACGCUCUGCUGGCUCUGUGUUACCGCUAUGGGCUCAGUGUGAGUGAAGAAGCAAAGACUUUGGGAUAUACAUAUAUGUUUGGCAUUUGGCUUUUUCUCAGUUUCUCAAAUGCAAACGGAAAUAUGCGGCAAAGCUUCGUCUUUCUCUUAACCGGUUUGCUUGGGUUGUGUUCAUGUUCAAGUUUCCCAAGUAACAUCAACAUAGGAGGUUUGUUUCCAACCGACUCCCAUGAAUACGACGUGUUCCGUUUCGCGCUCUCUCAACACAAUGAUGUUCCUAAACUGGUACCACAAGUGGACAUGGUGGACACGGGGAGCAGCUUUGCCAUGACAUACGCCUUUUGUUCCCAGUUCUCCAAAGGAGUCUACGCCAUAAUCGGCCUGUAUGACAGGAAGACCAUGAACAUGCUCAUGUCGUUCUGCGGAGCUCUGCACGUCUGCUUCGUCACGCCCAGCUUCCCCAUCGAUACCAACAACCAGUUUGUGAUCCAGCUGAGACCUGAACUCCAGGAUGCUCUGAUCGCUCUUGUCGAGCACUACAAGUGGACUAAGUUCGUCUACAUGUACAGCUCGGACUCAGGUCUGACGGUGCUGCAGAAGAUUUUGGACACUGCCGCCGAGAAGACCUGGCAGGUGACAUCCAUAAACUUUGACACCCUGACGGAGGCGGCAUUCUUGAAAACCAUCCAAGAUCUGGAAAAUAAGAAGGAGUACAAGAUCAUUCUGGACUGUGAGCUGGAGAGACUCAAUUCCAUCUUAAACUUGAUUGCAGCGCAAAAAAAGAACUUGAAGAACUACCACUACAUACUAGCAAACCUGGGAUUUCUGGAUCUUAAUCUCACAGAAUUCAGGAAGGGAGGUGCCAAUGUGACAGGCUUCCAGCUCAUGAACUACACAAAUCCUAAUGUCAGCAGGACAAUACAGGACUGGCUGGAGUUUGACAGUAAAGACUUGAAAAGUCCCAAAAGGAGGCUCAAGUACACGGGAGCGCUCACGUAUGACGGGGUGACUGUCAUGGCCACUGCUUUCCAGAACCUGAGAAAGCAGCGCAUUGAUAUCUCUCGCAGAGGGAAUGCAGGAGAGUGUCUGGCUAACCCUCCUGCACCCUGGGGCCAGGGCAUCGACAUUCAGAGAGCCUUACAGCAGGUGCAGUUUGAAGGACUUACAGGACAUGUUCAGUUUAAUGACAAAGGACAUCGGACCAACUUCACUGUCAGCGUGAUGGAUCUUGGCCCAAAUGGACCCAAGAAAGUGGGCUACUGGAACCAACAUGAGAAAUAUGUGAACACAGCUACUUACAGCAACAUACUCAAUGAGACGUACGGACUGCAAAACAGGACCUACAUAGUCACCACCAUCCUGGAAUCUCCAUAUGUGAUGCUGAAGAAGAACCAUGAGCAGCUAGUCGGAAAUGACAAAUAUGAGGGUUAUUGCGUGGAGCUGGCUGCAGAGAUCGCCAAGCAUGUGGGCUAUUCCUACAGACUAGAACUCGUGGGGGACGGAAAGUAUGGAGCCAGAGACGCAGAGACAAUGAUGUGGAAUGGGAUGGUUGGAGAAUUAGUGUAUGGCAAAGCAGACGUAGCUGUCGCCCCCCUUACCAUCACUUUGGUCAGAGAGGAGGUCAUCGAUUUCUCCAAGCCCUUCAUGAGCUUAGGUAUAUCCAUCAUGAUCAAGAAGCCCACCAAGUCCAAGCCAGGUGUCUUCUCCUUCCUGGACCCACUGGCGUAUGAGAUCUGGAUGUGUAUUGUGUUUGCCUACAUUGGCGUGAGUGUGGUGCUAUUCUUGGUGAGUCGCUUCAGUCCGUACGAGUGGCAUGCAGAUGAUGAAGAGGAUGGAACAGAGCAGCAAAAUCAGAACCAGAACCAACCACCAUCACCAGAGGCCAACCAGUCGCCAAAUCAGCAAGGUCAAAAUCAAAAUCAGCGAGAGGAGAAGCAGGAGAAGCAACCUGAACACUCCAAUGAGUUUGGGAUCUUUAACAGCCUGUGGUUUUCCCUGGGAGCCUUUAUGCAGCAAGGAUGUGAUAUCUCACCAAGAUCUCUCUCCGGUCGUAUAGUUGGAGGUGUGUGGUGGUUCUUCACUCUGAUUAUCAUCUCCUCCUACACAGCCAACCUGGCUGCCUUCCUCACUGUGGAAAGGAUGGUGUCCCCCAUCGAGAGUGCCGAGGAUCUAGCUAAGCAAACAGAGAUUGCCUAUGGAACUCUGGAUGGAGGAUCCACCAAAGAGUUCUUCAGGGUAAGAGAAAAAAGAUCAAAGAUCGCAGUAUUUGAGAAGAUGUGGUCCUACAUGAAGUCUGCAGAGCCUUCUGUAUUUGUGAAGACGACAGACGAAGGUGUCGUGCGGGUGAGGAAGUCCAAAGGGAAGUAUGCUUAUCUGCUGGAGUCCACUAUGAACGAAUACAUUGAACAGCGCAAACCAUGUGACACCAUGAAGGUGGGAGGAAACCUGGACUCAAAGGGCUAUGGAGUAGCCACACCCAAAGGAUCGGCCCUGAGAAACCCAGUAAACCUGGCAGUGUUAAAACUGAACGAGCAGGGCCUGUUGGACAAAUUGAAAAACAAAUGGUGGUACGACAAGGGAGAGUGUGGCAGCGGAGGAGGUGAUUCCAAGAAUCCCCGUAAACCUAGCGGUGUUGAAACUCAAUGAGCAAGCCGUCUUAGACAAACUGAAAAACAAAUGGUGGUACGAUAAAGGGGAGUGUGGAAGCAAGGACUCCGCCAGAAAGGUCAGUUCACUCAUUGGUCCUUUCCCUCACUUAGAGAUCCAGCUUUAGCGCUUUACUAAAGGCCCUGUCCUCCUCUCUCUUAAACACGCGCCACAGCCAACGCUCUGUCUCCAAUCUGCCAUUUACCCAGAGACUUGCGUGCACUGUCAUCAUGUUGCUGUCUGGCCCCUAUUACUUCCCACAUUACAAAAUAGACGUGAUGCUUGUGGUGUAUUUAUAGAAAUAAGCAACGUAGCUUUUUUUUCUUCACUCACUUCAGUGCUUCUGCAUGGGCACUUUGUUCUGCACUUGCAGUAUUUCCAAAUUAUUGAGCUUUUCCUGCUCAUUUGGCCGCAUUUAAUAACCGUACCUACAUAUUCAUGUGUAAAACUCAAACCUCUUCACUCGUAAAAAUGUUUUCAUCAAUAAAUUCAUGUACUCAAGGAUAAAAUCAGACUCCCGGUUCAAAAGUUAUAUUAUAUUAUAUUAUAUUAUUUAUCAGGAUAAUGAGUAUUAACCUAGUGGCAAAAAUAUUAAUAGUAUUUAAAGGGUUAGUUCACCCAAAAAUGAAAAUUCUGUCAUUAAUUACUCCCCCUCAUGUCGUUCCACACCCGUAAGACCUUCGUUUAUC